ACUGGAGAGAUAAAGAAAGACACCAGAGUGUUGUGCUCUUUAUCGUAGUGCACCAACUCAAACCUCAAUAUAUGUGGAGAGGGAAGAAAUAUUCAAGUCUCUAUCAUUUAAUGCACACCUCAACUACCUGUCCAAACAACACUUAAUCUAUAUUUGUAGUAGCAGUAAUAGUAGUUGUAUCGUUGUACCUUCUUCAGUUUUUCGUCAUUUCUCAUCUCUUUCUGUCUCUCACACACUAACACCACCGUUGAACUGACCAGUAACCACCCUCACACCACCACCAACAUCUCACGUUAUUAUUGUUAUUAUAUUCUAUUUUGUUCGAGUUUGUUAGACAGUCAGGGGUUUCGUGAGCUGCCCGCUGGCAGAGAAGGUGGCCGAGGGGGCGCAAUGUGGAAUUCGACGGAUAAUGCGUUUGCGAGAUCGACGUCAUUUCGGAAGGAAGGGGAGGAUGAGGAGGCGCUGCGGUGGGCCGCGCUUGAGAGGCUCCCUACCUACAGGCGAGCGCGGAGGGGAAUCUUUAAGAAUCUUGGCGGCGACAAGAGGGAGGUCGACGUCGCAGACCUUGGUAUGCAGGAGCAUCGGAUCCUUCUCGAGAGGCUCGCCGAUGCACUCGAUGAUGAUCCCGAGACGUUCUUUCAGCUCAUGAGAAGUCGAUUCGACGCAGUAGAUUUGGAGUUUCCGAAGAUUGAAGUUCGGUUUCAAAACUUGACAAUAGAGACUUUUGUCCAUGUAGGAAGCAGAGCAUUGCCUACAAUUUCCAAUUUCAUUUGCAAUAUGAGUGAGGCUCUUCUACGACAAAUGAGAAUAUUAAGAAGGAAGAGAAGCAAAUUGACAAUUAUUGCUGACAUUAGUGGGAUUAUAAGACCUUCAAGACUAACGCUACUGUUGGGUCCACCAAGCUCUGGAAAAACGACACUUCUAUUAGCUCUUGCUGGUAGGCUGGGACCUGGUUUACAGAUGUCAGGGAACAUUACUUACAAUGGACAUGGUUUGAAUGAGUUUGUUCCUCAGAGAACGUCUGCAUAUGUCAGUCAACAAGAUUGGCACGUGGCAGAGAUGACCGUGAGGGAAACUCUCCAGUUUGCAGGCCGCUGUCAAGGCGUCGGAUUUAAAUUUGAUAUGCUGCUAGAGCUUGCUAGGAGAGAAAAGAGUGCUGGAAUAAAACCAGAUGUUGAUCUUGAUCUCUUCAUGAAGUCAAUUGCUCUUGGAGGACAGGAAACAGAUCUUUUGGUAGAGUACAUCAUAAAGAUAUUAGGUUUGGACAUAUGUGGAGACACAUUGGUGGGAGAUGAAAUGCUCAAGGGAAUCUCAGGAGGACAAAAGAAGCGACUUACAACAGGCGAGUUACUAAUUGGUCCAGCAAGAGUUCUGUACAUGGACGAGAUAUCAACCGGCCUCGAUAGUGCAACCACUUACCAAAUCAUUAGAUAUCUUAAACAUUCUACCCGUGCACUUGAUACAACCACUAUCAUAUCUCUUCUCCAACCAGCUCCUGAGACCUAUGAAUUGUUUGAUGAUGUCAUUCUAUUGUGCGAGGGUCAGAUUGUUUAUCAAGGGCCCCGUGAAUCUGCUCUUGAGUUUUUCAAAAUGAUGGGGUUCACUUGUCCUGAGCGAAAGAAUGUAGCAGAUUUCUUACAAGAAGUUACGUCAAAGAAGGACCAGGAGCAGUACUGGUCUGCUCUGGACCAGCCUUAUCAGUACAUAGCUGUUGGGAAGUUUGCCCAAGCGUUUUCAUUGUAUCGCGAGGGAAAGAACUUAUCAGAGGAGCUAAGAGUUCCUUUCGAUAAACGCUACAAUCAUCCCGCAGCCUUGGCUACUUGUACCUAUGGCGCCACCAGGCUUGACCUUCUCAGGACAAAUUACCAGUGGCAGAAGCUUCUUAUGAAACGGAAUUCAUUCAUCUAUGUUUUCAAAUUUGUUCAGCUGUUUUUGGUAGCUUUAAUUACAAUGAGUGUAUUUUUCCGGACAACGAUGCACCAUAAUACAAUUGAUGACGGUGGAUUAUAUCUUGGUUCACUGUACUUUUCAAUGGUUAUUAUUCUCUUCAAUGGUUUUACCGAGGUGUCAAUGUUGGUUGCAAAGCUUCCAGUUUUGUACAAGCAUAGAGAUUUGCACUUCUAUCCUAGCUGGGCAUAUACAAUCCCUUCUUGGUUCCUUAGCAUCCCAACUUCUCUCAUGGAAGCUGGUUGCUGGGUUGCUGUCUCUUACUAUACAAUUGGAUAUGAUCCUUCAAUUAUCAGAUUUUUUCGGCAAUUCUUGCUUUAUUUCUUUCUGCACCAGAUGUCUCUAGGCCUAUUUCGUCUGAUAGGAUCCUUGGGGCGGAAUAUGAUAGUGGCCAAUACUUUUGGAUCCUUUGCCAUGUUGAUUGUGAUGGCUCUUGGCGGAUACAUCAUUUCAAGAGGUUAUAUAGGAAUUCCACUCUUAUGCAUUCAAUCCAACAAUUUCCUUACUCCCUUGAAAUUCUUCUCUUUAUUACAGACAGUACAAAAUCAGGUCACCAACUAUCCCUUGGGUAAGCUAGUGUUGAAACAGCGAAGUUUGUAUCAAGAGAGCUAUUGGUAUUGGAUUGGUCUUGGAGCAAUGGUUGGAUAUACAAUUUUGUUCAACACAUUAUUUACUAUCUUCUUAGCUUACCUUAAUCCUUUGGGAAAACAACAAGCUGUAGUUUCAAAGAGUGAGCUAGAAGAAAGAGAAAAGAGAAGGAAAGGUGAAAGUGUUAUUGUUGAGUUGAGAGAGUACUUGCAGCAUUCAGCAUCUAGUGGAAAGCAUUUCAAACAAAGAGGAAUGGUUCUCCCAUUUCAACCUCUUUCCAUGGCUUUCAGCAAUAUCAAUUACUAUGUGGAUGUCCCUUUGGAAUUGAAACAAGAAGGGAUACAAGAAGAAAGGCUGCAGCUGCUUGUUAAUGUUACUGGAGCUUUUAGGCCUGGAGUGUUGACAGCAUUGGUUGGAGUAAGCGGAGCUGGAAAAACCACGCUAAUGGAUGUCUUGGCUGGAAGAAAAACUGGAGGUGUUAUAGAAGGGAACAUAUACAUAUCUGGUUAUCCCAAAAGGCAAGACAGUUUUGCAAGAAUUUCUGGUUAUUGUGAGCAGACAGAUGUUCAUUCCCCUUGCUUGACUGUCUGGGAGUCCUUAUUGUUCUCUGCUUGGCUCCGGUUAUCUUCAGAUGUUGACUUUGAAACGCAAAAGGCCUUUGUUGAGGAGGUAAUGGAACUGGUGGAACUCACUCCAUUGAAAGGGGCACUAGUUGGUCUACCUGGAAUUGAUGGCUUGUCAACAGAACAACGAAAAAGAUUAACAAUAGCAGUUGAACUGGUUGCAAACCCAUCUAUAGUUUUCAUGGAUGAGCCCACUUCUGGAUUGGAUGCCAGGGCUGCAGCCAUUGUAAUGAGAACUGUUAGGAAUAUAGUGAAUACUGGCCGAACCAUUGUGUGCACAAUCCAUCAGCCUAGCAUAGACAUAUUCGAAUCGUUUGAUGAGCUUCUGUUUAUGAAGCGUGGAGGAGAGCUCAUAUAUGCUGGUCCACUUGGCCCUAAAUCUAGUGAACUUAUCAAUUAUUUCGAGGCAGUGGAAGGGGUUCCGAAGAUCAGGUCUGGAUAUAACCCUGCAACAUGGAUGUUGGAGGUUACUUCUUCAACAGAAGAAAACCGUUUAGGAGUGGACUUUGCAGAAAUAUACAGAAGAUCAAGUUUAUACCAGUAUAAUGAAGAAUUGGUUGAAAGCUUGAGCAAGCCGAGCAAUAAUUCAAAAGAGUUGCAUUUUCCAACCAAGUAUUGUCGGUCAUAUUUUGAUCAGUUCCUAACUUGUCUUUGGAAGCAAAAUCUAUCUUACUGGCGUAACCCACACUACACUGCUGUUCGCUUCUUUUACACUGUCAUCAUCUCCUUGAUGCUUGGCACAAUAUGCUGGAGAUUUGGUGCUAAAAGAGACAUGCAGCAAGAUCUAUUCAAUGCCAUGGGAUCCAUGUAUUCUGCAAUCCUCUUCAUUGGCAUAACAAAUGGCACAGCCGUUCAACCUGUUGUUUCGGUUGAAAGAUUUGUUUCAUAUAGAGAAAGAGCUGCUGGGAUGUACUCGGCCUUACCAUUUGCUUUUGCUCAGGUUAUUAUUGAGUUUCCUUAUGUGUUGGCACAGGCUAUGAUAUACUCCACAAUUUUCUAUUCCAUGGCUUCCUUUGCCUGGAGUGUUGAUAGGUUCCUAUGGUACCUGUUCUUCAUGUAUGUUACUAUGCUGUAUUUUACCUUCUAUGGAAUGAUGACAACGGCUGUCACACCAAAUCAUAAUGUUGCUGCCAUUAUCGCUGCUCCAUUUUAUAUGUUAUGGAACCUUUUCAGUGGUUUUAUGAUUCCUCAUAAGAGAAUCCCUGUUUGGUGGAGAUGGUAUUACUGGGCAAACCCUGUAGCCUGGAGUCUUUAUGGUCUCCUGACUUCACAGUAUGGUGGUGAUGAAAAAUCUGUGAAGCUAUCUAAUGGGAAUUCCAUGGCUAUUUCGCAAGUACUCAGAGUUGUGUUUGGAUACAGGCAUGAUUUCUUGUGCGUUGCCGCUAUUAUGGUUGCUGCCUUCUGCCUAUUUUUUGCAAUAAUAUUUGCCUUUGCAAUUAAAUCCUUCAAUUUCCAAAGGAGAUGAUGGUAUUUAUAUGCACUUGCAAAUAAAGCCCCCAAAAUUAUAUAUGUACUCAAUUGUUGUAUGUUGGAUUCUCCGCACCUCAUAAAAUAAGUGUGUAUAGCAUAGAUAGAAGAACUAGAAUGUGCUUUUUAGGGUUUGUAAACUAAUAAGAAUAUAUUGUCAAAUUUUUAUUGGUUGAGUAUAAUUUUAUUGUAAAUUUACACAUUCUUGGUUUGUAGGAUUUGUUGGAUGAAAAUUCACAUAUUCUUGAUUCAUAUAAAACAUACUUAUAAAUCUUCUGUGUA